UACGUGUUUUUCAUCCAAUUUAUUUGAGCUUAUAACACAGAUGUUCUGAAUUAGUUUUUUUUUUUUGAGAAAAAAUGAAUUUAUUUUAUGCAUUGUUUAGUAUAUUUUCCUUGGCUGAAUAUAUCGCUGAUUCACAAAUUAUUGAUGGCGAAUUGGUCGACAAAAUUGAAGAUAGUAAUUUUGUUGUUGGAAUUCAGUACCAUAAAAGUUUUACCCAUCAUCCAUUUAAUUGCGCUGGAACAAUCGUGUCGAACUGCAAGAUUGUAACUGCCGCACACUGCGUGUUUGGAAGAAGUUCAUUUACUUUGAUUUUUGGCACGAUCGAUCUGCAUAAGCCUAUCCACACAGUUAAUAUAACUGAAAAUGAUAUCAUAGUACAUCCCAUAUACAGCAAAAAAUCACCGUGGUUUAAUGACAUAGCUGUGAUUGAAUUGAAAAAAAAGUUGAAGUUCAGUCCAAUGAUCGAUAAAAUAGAUAUGGUUGAUGAAGGCUACGUGGCAAAAACAGACGACCAAAUCUCUAUGUUUGGAUUCACAGAAUCCAUACAUCCAGAUCGGACACCGAAAAGAUCUAAUUUGAGAUCCGUUAAUUCAACUAUUGCCGACUUUGAAACAUGUAAAAGUUCUUAUUGGAAUAAAUGCAAGGACCGUGUAUUGGAAAAUCAACGACAAUUUUGUGUAAGCCUACGAAAUGGAACCCACAAUUUAACUAACUCGGGAGACUCGGGUGGACCUGUUAUUACGAAAGAUAGAAAGUUUCUCGGUGUAAUUUCAUACGAUGCUCAACAGUUACCCGAGGUCUGUACUUUCAUUGCUGGGCAUCGUUUAUUUAUCCAAGAUCCAAGAGCGUUUGUAUCAAGUUUUCAUCAAUUGUUUAAAUAGAUAAAUUGUAAACAU